UUAUGUUCAACCCACAUGGUGACAACAAGAACAAUGACACAUUCAAAUACAGUGCGCACAGUCUCUGUAAGUACUCUCCGAGUUAUGAUGGAGCAGUUCCAGUUUGGUCACAAGAUCUGUGAGGACAUUGAGUUCAACAAAGUCCAAUGGAGUGCACUUUUUGAGCCUUAUCUUUUCUUUGAGGCAUACAAGAACUAUCUGCAGGUUGACAUAGUUGCAGCAGAUGCCAAUGAUUUGCUGGCUUGGAAGGGUUGGGUGGAGUCACGGUUUAGGCAACUUACCUUGAAGAUAGAGCGGGAUACAAAUGGGAUGCUGCAGUGCCAUCCAUGUCCAAAUGAAUACAUAGACACAUCCAAGCAGUGCCCAAAUUUUGCGUUUUUCAUGGGUUUGCGGAGGAAAGAGGGAGCAAGUGAUCAAGAACGUCAACAAUUUGACAUACGAGGAACGGUCGAUAACUUCAGGCAAGAGAUAGGCAUGUACAUGUUUUGGAAACCUGGGAUGGAUAUAUUUGUUUCUCAUGUACGCAGAAGGUGGCUUCCUGCUUUUGUUUUCCCAGAUGGAUAUAAACGGUCUCGACCAUCUAGGAACUUAAAUGAUCAGGCAGGAAAAGCUUGCGAUGAUGUCUCUGCAUCUUACGGAAGACAUGAUAAGAGAAAAAAUAAGCACGAAACCGCGGAGGUGCAGCCAAACAAAGCCAUGAAGAGGGCCUCUGUUAGUCCACAAAGGCCGGUGCCUUUUUCUCCAGAAUGUGGUGCAAGUAGUUCCAGUGUAGCAUCUCAGAUUGGCUAUAAUGCAGGAUUUUGUCAUUUGCCGUCUCUAGGUGCCAGGUCAUCUGGUGAGAAUUUGGUGAGUGAAAAAGAUUGUUCUGUAGCUUAUAUGCCAUUGGGUGAAACUGUUGAUCAUAAGUCAGAUGCUGCAAAUGAGCGGAUUUUGAUGCAUGUAAACAGUUUUCCUGUUGUUAGCAAUGAGGUUCCAUCGGCCAAAUUGGUGGAAACCAUUCCUAAGCUUGUUUCAUGUGAAGUACUUAAAGCUGAAACU